CGGAGAGAAACAGAAAUGUAUAAUUCUAUUGAAAUACCCGACUCAGAUGACGAUAUGCCAGAACCGGCAACGGCUUUAGCAAAAUCAACAAACAAACGCCGGGAAGCCGACGAACACACACCAGAAAAAAAACGCAAACUUUCAGCAGAAGUGGACGAAAAAGCAGCAGCAGUAGCCACCGCAACAACAUCUGAUUCCGAUGCAGCUGUGAACAGUUCCCCAGCAAAUGUGAGCAGCAGCAGCAGUAAUGCGAAUGCAAAUUUAACAGCAACCCAAGUACGCCACAGGCCACGAAAAACUCAACAUACUGUGCGGAAUGCCGCUGAAAAUGAAAUACAAUUCGAAAGUAUACCUCUAGAUGAUGAUGACGAUGAGGAUGAGGGUGGUGAGGAUGAGUCGCAUAAGAUUAAUGUACAUUUAAAGGCACCUGCAACUGAGCCACUGAUGUAUGUAUAUGAGGAGUAUAUGAAAAUGCUUGACAGACCCGAUGUCCAGGAAAUUAUCGAGCGCAUUGCCAUUGAACGUGUGCGUUGUAAUUUCCUACUGGCCACCUAUCUCUUGCCCGAUAUGAACUUUAAAUUGAAUACGCCGAAAGAAGUGCUAAAGAAUCAAUUUAUAGAACGUGUGCGUCGCAAAGAGCGCUUGACGGGUGCCAAAAUCAAAUAAAUAUUAAUUUUUAAGAAAAUAAAGUGAAAUAAAUAAA